AUGGCGACUGUCACGGUUCAUGCUCUAGGUGCAGGGCAUUUGACCAUUCCUGAACGAUUCUUCGUGACUCCCUUCGAUCCUGAAGCAAAGAGAACAGUACCGUCUUUAUCGUUCUUAGUUCAGCAUAAAGGUGCUGAUGGCAAGGUUUCUCGCAUAGUAUUCGACCUUGGCAUGCGAAGGGAUCUUAAUCUUUAUCCCGAGGUUUUGCGGGACCAUCUUUCCAGUCGUGGACCAAUCUCAACAGACCCAGAUGUCGUGGCAUCCCUUGCAAAAGGGGGAAUUAGCCAGACUGAGAUAGACUAUGUCAUCUUCAGCCACGUUCACUACGAUCAUGUUGGCCUACCAAAGGACUUUACAAGCCCUCAAACAAAGUUCGUUGUUGGCCAUGGUGCGCUCGACCUUCUAAGUGGGAAGACGCAGCUCAACCUCGGGAAGCACAUGGUCUUCGAGUCAGAUCUCCUGGACGCGCAGCGCACGGUAGAAUUGCCGUCUCCGGAUGGAUCGAAUGAGGAGUCCAGCCAUGCCUGGAAAUCGCUCUCAUCAUUCCCUCGUGCGAUUGAUUUCUUCAAGGACGGGAGCGUAUACAUAAUCAAUGCACCCGGUCAUCUCCCCGGCCACAUCAACUUGCUUUGCCGAAUCUCCCAGAAUCCAACCAAGUUUGUGUGUCUUGCAGGGGACGCCUGCCACGAUAUUCGGCUGUUCACCCGUGAAAAGGAUAUUGCCACCUGGACAGAUGACGAGGGUCGAUACUGCUGCAUACAUGUCGACAUCGCGAAGACGAAGGAAACACUGGCAAAUCUGUAUGCUGCUUCAAAUGAAGGCCUGGAGCUUGGAGGCGAGAAAGACAAGGCACAAGUAGAAGUUAUCUUUGCCCAUGACUUUGCCUGGGAGGAGAAGGCCCGAAAGGAGGACAGGUUCUUCCCCGGAAAGCUCUGA